AUGGAAGAGCUUAUCAAGGACAAGAAAGAGCGGGUUUGCCAGAGCGGCUUCGUGGCUGCGCCUGCACUCUCGUCUCUAUACAUCCAUCAUCCAUCUCGACAGGAUUUUGUGGGCGGCCUCCGAGCUCUUCCCUUGGCCAAUGGAUGGAGAGGACUGACCGAGCUUUACUUCAAUGGAUGGGAUCCAUAUGGAGCCUCGGAGAUAUUCUCCGUCCUCGUCCUCUGCGCUUCGACUCUGCGCUUUCUCGACGUUUCCAUGAGACCUCCAGAGCCAAGCCAAGAUCCCCUCCCAGCGCAUAUUCCCAAAAUCGCUUUCCCCAACCUGCAGCACCUCUCCAUCACCGAAACAGCUGGGGGCAUGGGCUAUCCUCCCCACCUCCACUGGUACAUGGAGGCCAUGCAGACGCCCUCGCUAGCAUCAUUGAAGUUCGAGACCUCUUGCGACCCGAUAGAAGGCCCUAGUUCCCUUUUGGCCUUCCUGAAAGCCAACCAAGGCAACCUCACCAAGUUGGCCAACGUCCUUUUCGAGUACAACUUCCUGUCCCCAGAGGACUUGGCCGCAGUGCUCAAUAUCCUCGGCGGUCCGGGGAUGGGUGUCUCUUCCCUGGUCAUGCAGGCUGCCGAUGUGGUGUAUCGGGACAUGGGAGGGCCAUUUCCCUACGCCAUCUUUUGGGAUAGCGUUCUCGAAAAGUUCAAUCCUGGACCGGAUCGUCCAGCUUUGUUUACAAAGUUGCGACAUUUCGCUUGCGAGCAGUGGAAGUAUGGCGAGUUUGGACCCGAGGAUCUGCUCGAGUUUGUCAAGUACCGGGUGGGCGCGUCUAGUUCAGAGCACGGCCUGGCCUCGCUGGAGAUGGUGGAGGUCACAUUCGUCUGUGAGGAGACUAUCGAUGUAGAGGAGGAAUUGAAGGCAUCGACAGGUGUCAGUGCAGUCCAAUUUGACCUAGUCUAUGGAGAGGAACAGCGGUGGGGAAACAUAUAA